AUCCAAACAAAGUCUCAACGUUUGGUCCCAAACCUUUCCCAAGCAAUCACGAAUCGUGAACUCCUAGGGAAAGCAGGAAGAAGGAGAAGAAGAGGGUUUUGCUCCAGAGAGAUCGGAGAAGCUCUGAGAAUGCAGAUCACGGGGCAGGAGCUGAAGCAGUACGACGGAUCCGAUCCGUCGAAGCCAAUUUACGUCGCGAUUAAGGGCCGCAUCUUCGACGUCUCCUCCGGCAAGUCCUUCUACGGCCCCGGAGGGAGCUACUCCGUCUUCGCCGGCAAAGACGCCAGCAGAGCCCUGGCGAAGAUGAGCAAGGAGGAGCAAGAGGUCUCCCCUUCCCUCGAUGGUCUGUCCGAAAAGGAAAUCGGAGUCCUGUCCGACUGGGAGAAGAAAUUCGAAGCUAAGUAUCCUGUCGUUGGCAAUGUUAUUCAAUCCUAAUCCCUAAUCGAUUUCUGCGUAAUUUAUAAAAACAUGCUUCAAUCAAUAAGUAUAUAAUACUAUAAGCAAGCAUUUGGGUGAUUUUCGAGUUUUUCGGUUGAAAUGUGUGCUUGACUUAUAUUCU